GUUUUUAUUUUCUUUUUUUUAAUUUUUUGUAGACUGUGCAACACGAAGUGGUGAUGGUGACGCCUGGACAUAAUUGUGAUUAAAAAAAAGACUAAAAUUAAGAUUGCUAACAAAAAUAAGUAAAAAAUUAAGAAAAAAUAAACAAAUAUAUUAGAAUGGAAUGAUAUAUUUACGUAAAUUGAUAUAAAAUUCAAGCAAAGUAGUUACUAAAACACUUUGAUAAUUAACAAGAAGAAGAAGAAGAAGAAAGCUGAAAGGAAAAGUAAAAAUUAUAAGAAGCAAGUAGGCAUUGAAAGCAAAGAAGGCGUGGGGAUACAUUUGUAACACAAAGUGAUUUCAAAACACUAUAGCAUUGCUUUUCUGCAUAUUUGCACACAACAACAAGCAGCAGCACGAAAAAACAUUUAAAACUAAAUAUUAACUAAAACCACGUGAAAUUAAAGAAAUUCAAAGUGCUUAGCAUUUUGCUUUCUUUAAGUAAUUAAAAAUAAAUAAAUAAAUAAGUAAAGGAAAAAGUACAACAGUUUUGCAUUAUUAGCCAUAAUAACAGCAAUUGUCCGUUGCAUGCAGUAUUGAAGUUUUAUAAUCGAUUUUUAACCGGUCUCAUAUAUAUCGAAAUAAAGCAAUAUCGAGCCAGACUUGAGUUAUUUUCUAAAAUUCUUAAACAAAAUGGGAGCCUAUCUCUCGCAACCGAAGACAGAAAAAGAAUCCACAGAUGAAUCUAAUGAUUAUCUGAUGGUGGGAGCUUGUUCUAUGCAAGGUUGGCGCAAUAGCCAAGAGGACGCUCACAAUUCAAUUUUAACUUAUGAUACAAAUGCCUCGUUUUUUGCUGUGUAUGAUGGGCAUGGCGGCGCCGAAGUUUCCACUUAUUGCUCUGAUAAAUUUCCCGCCUUUUUGAAAACUUUAGCCACCUAUCAAGAGGGCGCUUUCGAACAAGCUCUUAAAGAUGCAUUUUUGGGUUUUGAUAAAACUUUAUUGGAUUCUGAAGUUAUCGAAUUACUAAAAAUUAUAGCGGGAGAGAAGAACUUUGGGCACAAUGAAGACAGUGAUACCAAGGAAGACGAUGACGAUGAGGAUUUGGCUGAACUGCAUGAAGAGGGUAAUUUACCUUUGGAUGAGGUUAUGAAAAAGUAUAAAGGUCAUCCUUCAAUGCCGGUUUUAAAGAAAUUAAAGGAGAACUCUUCACCAAAACCACAAUCACCGUAUUUAAGAGGUCGUAGAGCAGCUGCUAUUAUAGCUGAUGCUGCAAAUAAAGCCGUUUUAGAUCCAGAUUCCAAACCUGAAGGCUCUUCUACGUCAAAAGCGGCUUUGGCAGCCGAACAGACAGAAGUACCAGGUCCCAGUUCUACCAAGUUUGGCAUGGAAAACGAUUCGAGCAAUAGCAACAGUGCCGAGGCUGAAGCUAAAACGACAUCGCCUCAAUCGUCAGUGAAAGAUAAAGUCGCCAACGGUAGCGUUACGUUGAAAACAAGAGUUAAGGAGAGCGAGCAGAAUGGGAGCGUUUCCUCUUCAGAAACUAAGGCUGACGAAAACGAUAAGCCCACGACAAGAUCGGAAAAGGGAGCGAAUGAUAGGGCCAUUUCUAAUGAAGCAGACUGUGAACCUAAACAAAAUGGUAACAUUACCGAUGGGGAUGACAAGGAAGUAUCAAUUGAAAAGAGUGAGGCUAACGAUACAGCCAUUACCUCAACUAGCAAAGAAGUGAAAGAGAAGAAAAAGGUGAUACCUGUGGAUUCUUCUGAGGAAGAAGAUGCUGAUUUUGAUGCUCGCCAAGCUAUGGAAUACUCGUCUGAUGACGAAAAUGAUGAAGAAGAUUUAGGUGAAAAUGAUACGGAAGAUUCUGAAGAUGCUGGUUAUGAUGAAGAAGAAGAAUCGGGCGAAGAUGAAGAUGAAGAAACCUUUUUGGCUAAUGAGAAUUUUUGCGCCAAUAUGAUCGAAGAACCGGGCAAAGAUAGCGGCUGCACUGCAGUAGUAAGCUUGUUAGUUGGACGCGAUUUAUAUGUAGCCAAUGCCGGUGACUCCCGUUGUGUAGUCUGUCGUAACGGCAAAGCAAUCGAAAUGAGUUUGGAUCAUAAGCCAGAAGAUGACGAAGAAUCAGCACGCAUUAUGAAGGCUGGUGGUACCGUUACCAUCGAUGGUCGUGUUAAUGGAGGCCUUAAUCUAUCACGUGCAAUAGGAGAUCAUGGCUAUAAAAUGAAUGCUAACUUGCCCGCUGAAGAGCAAAUGAUUUCGGCUUUGCCUGAUGUCAAGAAAUUAAUCGUAACGCCCGAAGAUGAGUUUAUGGUUUUGGCUUGCGAUGGCAUUUGGAAUUUCAUGUCUAGUGAGGAAGUUGUAAAUUUCGUGCGCUUGCGUAUUAAGGAUAAAAACAAAAAGAUUUCGCAAAUAUGCGAAGAACUAUUUGAUGCUUGUUUGGCCCCAAAUACCAUGGGCGAUGGAACUGGCUGCGAUAAUAUGACGGCAGUUAUCGUGCGUUUUAAACCGGCUCUAUUGGAACUGCCCACUAAAAUUAAUGCGAAUGAAACUGAAGAUGUUUUACAAGCUCGUCAACAGCAGCAGCAGCAGCAACAACAAAAACAAUCGGAAGCCGAGUCUACAGCAAAAAAAGUUCAAAAACGAGCAAUAGCACUGACCACCAGCAAUGACGACUGCUGCGAAGCGGAAAGCAAACGUAUGAAGACUGAUGAUAACGACGAUAUUGAUACCACCGCCGCCAGCAAUAAAGACCGACAGUCUUCUUCUAACGUAUCAGAUGUUACCACCAAUUCCAACUGCUCAUCUUCUUCUGCUUCUUCGUCGUUAGAAGAUAAAAAAGAGAAUGAAAUAGAGGAUAUCAGUGUGAAUGAAGCGCAAGCAGUUUCAAAUGCAAGCUCGACGUAAAAACUCAAUUCAUAAACAUAUAUAUAGAAAAAAGAACUAUCCACGUAUAUAUAAUUUUAGUUUCUCGUUUCGUUAUUACUGCUUCACUAGGAUUACAUGUAGACACACAAACACACAUACACACACACUCAGAAAUAAAUCUUCAUACACCUACACCUUUUUGUCCUCAUGUUCAAUUUUCACAGUAAACUUAAAAUGUUUUUUUAUUUUACUUUGUUUUUUUUUUUUAAUUAAUUACUUAAGCUAGAGCACGAUUCGAAAGAAAAUUGGAAUGAAAGUCUCGCAAGAAUGUGCUUGUUGGAGAAAAUUUUUAUAUUCAGUUCAUCCACUACGAUUAUACUUUUAAUUUUAAUCUGUCUUUU